AUGCUUUGCUCUGCUUUGAAGGAACGAGCUCGCAGCUCCGAAUCCUCUCGCACUGCAUCUCCGCAGGCAGGAGCUCGAGCCAAGGAGCCUUCGGGUCCAGUGGUUGGCAGCUUCGCGUCCGUGGAAUCUCUCAUGGACCUGCAAAGCUUAGGAGAACUCUUCCGAAAGCUCCACGAAGAGGUAGAUGCCUUUGCACGUCGAGAGUCCAUCAAGCUCUUUGAUCAGGACAAGCGAAAUCGCCAGGCGACCUCGGAAAAAGAUCUCGGCGUUGCGAAAGAGUCUGUGAAGAUUGCACCGGUGAUGUGGUGA